ACUGAUUGAUUUAGAUGCUGGAUCAACAUGACGUUUUCGCUCCGUUCGACAGUAGGGCCUUUACUUUGAAGGUGACACAGGAAGCAUCGGUGUGAUUUGUGGUCCGAACGCAGCUGGCAGCGCACACGGAAGCGUCUCCACCUGUUGAACGACUUAGUUUUCUUUCCUCUUUUCAGACACUGAAACAGCUAUCGCAGACUGUGUAUUUCGUGAGUAAGGCAACAAUCGGUAUCGUGAUGUUUGGUCGUUUUUUUUUAGCUGUUAGCUAACACCACUUUCUGGGAGUUAAAAAUUCAGAAACGUCAGCCAGGUGCUGUAGGUAGGUAGACUACUGUGGGUAGACUGACUAUUAUUAACAUAAGGAAACAAGCAGGCUGUCUGGCCGCCCAGAAAAGCGAAUAUCUGAGCUCAAAGUCCGGUUAAACAAAGGUGUUUGAACUAACGUCAUGAUCCAGUAAAGCAGCCGCGUUGUUCGUGGGUUACUGCCAAACUGAAAGUGGGUUAUCUCUGAGGAAACGGAGAGUUAUUUUCUGUUUGCAGGCACUAACAAUGCAGGCGAGUGAAACAGCACUACCUGGGGCCUUAUGAGUAGGAAAGGAUGAACUGUUUUCCUCUGCUGCUUUAUCUAAUGUUGAUGCUCAGCUCUGCGCUGAGUUCCCUUCCUGCUCCGGUCAACGUUUGUGUCAAAUCUGUCAACUUCAGACAUGAACUGCAUUGGGAGCCUGGGCCCGGGACCCCAUCAGGAGCACAGUACAUGAUCUUCGAGAGGGUCAACAAGAAACUGAAAAGGACCAUGUCAUCAACAAAAACAUCAUUUAAGCUGAAGCUAAAAAAUGAAACGAAGUACUGUCUGGCUGUAAGGACGUCCUACAACCAAAGCCAGUCUCCAGAGUCUCUCAAUGUCACCUUCACACCCUAUAGCGAAACCAAAAUAAGUUCUCCAGAACUUUCUCUGGCUGGAUGUGGCAACUGUAUCCAAAUAAACAUUUCACUGCCUAAAGCUGACAGGAGCUCAAAAAUCAAGGAUAUCCAGGAAUACUACGAUGCAGAUUUCAGAGUCUUAUACAAGAAAGGAAACACAAUGGGGGUCUACAAAACAAAAAACAAGACUUUUACUCUUGGGGAAUUAGAAACUGGUGCGGAGUACUGUAUACAGGUGCACACAGAGUCUCGUACGAACAAAAAUAUGGAGCCAUCUGCUUGGAAAUGCACCUUGACUAGCAUUGUGGAACCUAGUACAGACUCUUUUAUUUUAGGUGCAGUUGCUGCUCUUCUUAUUGGAGUUACCGGCUUCUUGAUGACCUUCUUGUUUUGCCUCUGCUACACCGGAUUCCUUUGUAAACUGAAGGCAGCGCUGCCCAGAGCACUAAUUACAGCUCUGAGCCAAGGUUCCUCCCUGACACCAGAGAAAACAACCCCAGACCUAAUCUCUAUCAACAGUCCCACAACAUUGGAUCCUGCCUCCAGGGACAUCAACUCCGAGGAGGAGGAGGAUGAAGAUGAUGAGGAAGAGGAAGGGAUAAAUAUCUACAUUGACAGAGAUGCAGAGCUUUCCUCAGGUGGACAUUCCUGCCAGCACUCUGGUAACAUGUCAGGCAGCAAGUCAGCUGACUCUAGGUGUGUGACAGAGAGGCUGUCAGCUGAGGUGGAGGCACCAGACUCUGAGUUUGAGGUUGGGGUCAAACACAGGGAACUUAAUCAACACAGGGUUGAAGCUCUAGGAGCAACUGUAUCUUUUGUGCCUGAGCAUGGUCAAACUGGAGUCCAUGGGCAGGUCACAGUUGAGGAGGAAGAAGAGGAGCAGGGGGUGUGUUACAGCUCCAGCAAUGUCAAUCUAUUCUCAGUCACCCUCAGUGCACUGGCUGUAGGUGAGGAAGAGGAGCAGAAUACCAGGGACUCUUUGAAACUGUCUGAGCCAGAGCCACUACUGCCCACAGUCUCAAAACUGACUUUGAGCGACACAGACUCUAAAACAGAGUCAGGUGAUCAGACAGCUGUGACAUUAAUGCAGCCCACACAUGAAGACUUCAGUGAAAGUGGGUAUGAAAGGAGGCAUGUGGACACUUGAUCUGGCUGAAUCACAUAAGAUCAUGUUCAGUUUUUUAAAAAGAAAUGUUUUUCGAGAUCAAUACAUAUUCAUGUGACCAAAUAUGCCAGCAGAGUGCCAGUAAAGGAAGAAAAGCUAAAUGUUUUAUGCUUUGGUUUGAAAAAAAAGCUGAGUUGCCUCAGUAUUAAUGAAGUAGCAUUUACUUUGAGUCCUGACUACAGGUCCUGCUUGAACCCAUGGCGCUUAUUAAUCUUGUCUUCUCAUUGAUUGGUACAGAUGUGCAGGUUGCACUGGCACACAGUAAAAAAAAAAAAAAAA